CUGCGACUUGGAGAUACUUCACUUGAGAAAAGGCACUGAAUCAAAUGUCAGGUUUCCAGAGAGAAAAUGACCCCGCCAAAUCUUUAUUCAGAAGACUUGAGUCUGCAGUCACUCCCAUCGUGUCCGGGGAGUACAGUCAGCACCGGGACCGAGCUGCCAUGGCCUCGCGGAUCUCGUUCACCCAGCUGCGGUUGGAAGCGGAUCUGGAUCGGUACCGGGCCGAGUGCCAGUGGGACAGGAUUCCCCCAAUCGUCGAACACAUGCAGGCAGCGCGCAUGCACGAAGAGGAUGACUAUGGGACAUUGCUGUUGGCAGAAGCACUGCUGGAAGAGUGCCUACAGGAAAACAUGGACUUGCUAAGGAGAUCCACACCUUUGAUUGACAAAAUGCAGCCAAGAUUAUGCCGGGCUAAAAACUACCUGAACCUCAUCUUGAGUCGAGGCCGUCUGACUCCCCGGUAUUUAAACGAGGCUCUGCUGUUAAUGGCCAAAGUGCACUAUGUGCAGGGUUGCCACCGCGACGCCCAGGGAAUGUGCGCAAGGGUGGGACUGGAAGAACUAACGCAGGACGAUCAACCAACCUACCACCUUCGCCUUCUAGCUGAGGCAUUUGUCAUUAAAGGUCUGUCUCUGGACCACCAGGCUCUUUCUACAGUGUCUCGGAUCCGUCUGUUGGAGAGGGAGGAGGAGAGUCUUUCAUGUUACCUUAAGGCCUGUGAUGCGGCCCUGUCGUACCUGCAGGAGCUCGAUAAGACAGUUUUAACACCCCACACUAAGACAGCCAAACCCAGUCUGUUUUCUUCAUCUGUGGACUUCGACCUGGGUUUCUUCCUUCAGGCAGCCCUACAGAGUGCCUACCUGUGUUUACUGCAGAGAGGUAAUCUAGCGCAAGGUGCUCACCAACUACGUCGUGUCAUGAGGGUGGUAGAGUCACGAGGGUCUCAGGGUUUCAGGAAGGCUGCAGCAAGGAAGCUCGCACAGGUAUUGCUAAGCUCAGUGACAGAGGACAGCUACUGGCCUCCUCUGGGACCCCCACCCUCGGCCUGGCUCCGAAGAGAGGGUGCCGCAACCUCCAAAGAUGCACUCUACCCUACUGUCAAACCACCGCAACGUUACACGACUGAAAGUUGCUUCUGUCCCCAGGACGUGGUAGAAGAGGCUGUGUUGCUGCUUCUAAUUACAGAGUCCAUGGCUAGUGGUGACGCCGUCAUCAGUCGCCUGCCAGAUCAGGCCGAGGCUCGACAGGCGACCCUUCAGGAUUCGGUCUCUGUCUAUGACAUGCUUGCCAUCGGCAUGGUUAGGAGGGGGCAGUACACCAUGUUGUCUGAGUGUCUGGAACGAGCAAUGAAGUUUUCUUUUAACGAGUUCCACCUCUGGUACCAGUUGGGCCUGUCACUAAUGGCGUCUGGGAAGACGGUUGGUGCUGUGUCUGUGUUUAAAGAAUGUGCCAGGAUGAGACCAGAUGACCCUUUGUUGCCCCUGUUGGCUGCUAAAAUCUGCAUUGGUCAGCUGCACUGGUUCUCAGAAGCUGAGUCUCUGUCCCAAAGUGUGGUGUCGAUGGGAGAGGGUGCUGGGGAAUCUCUUCCUAGGGCCUACCUGGCUUUGGGACUUUCCUAUAGUCUGCAGGCCUCUGAUGCCUCUUUGAAAGAAGAUCGAAAUGAAUACAACAAAAAAGCACUAAGGAUUCUGAAAAAGGCUCAUUCAUUAGACCCACAGGAUGCUCACAUUGCCAUGUGCUUGGCUCUGCAGUUGGCUCUUGUGCGGCAGGUAUCUGCAGCUAUGGAGCCCUUGCAGGUAGCUUUAUCUCUCCAAGGGGAUGACUUGCACUCUCUCCACUUGCUGACCCUUCUCCUCAGUGCUCAGAAACACCACCGCCAUGCCCUGGACACCUUGGGACUGGCCCUCAGCCAACACCCUGACAACUUCAAUUUGCUGUUCACGAAGGUUAAGCUGGAAGAAGUCCUGCAUGGGCCAGCUGUGGCCUUAAAGACCUGCCAGGAAAUGCUACAAAUCUGGCAAAGUCGCUAUGAUGUCAGCCGCUCGAAUGAGACAGAUGAUAGUAGCAGUAUACCAGUAGCGGAGAAGUUGGAUGCCAGCCCUGGAGUUAGUAAAACAUCCAUCCACCUCACUCUGCCUGACUUCCAAGAUACCUCUACUGGCUCAAAGAGUCCCUCAUCGCUUGCAGCUUCUCGUCUCGAGGCGGCACUUUCAGAAGUGUCUGAAAUAAGCUCCACGCAUCGUCAAGGACCCACGUACAUCUGGACUACCUUAGAACGUAUUUGGCUGCAAGCAGGAGAACUGUUCAUGGAAGAUGGACGACUAAAAGAAGCUCAGUUUUGCUUGGCCGAAGCCAGCUCACUCUUCCCCAACUCCCACUCGGUGUUGCUGCAGAGGGGCCGUCUAGCUGAGCUCCGGGGUCAAAUGGAGGAGGCUAAAAGUCUCUAUGAUGAAGCCUUGGCCAUCCACCCGACUGGGGAGAACGUAUUGGUGCAGAUGGGUGGGCUGCUGGUCAAAACAGGGCGCGCGAGCCUUGGAGAGAAAGUCCUCCGCGAUGCAGUUCAGGUCCAUAGCACGUCACACAAAGCAUGGAGUGGACUGGGGCAGGCGCUGCAGUCUUUGGGAUCUUGCCAAGCCCCGGACUGCUUCCUCACAGCUCUGGAGCUCGAAGCUUCUUGUCCAGUUCGACCUUUCACUAUCAUCCCCAGGGAACUCUGAGGAGUCAGUGACAGACAGAUUCAACUCUGAUUCAAACCGAGUCAUACAGGCGAGCAUUUUUCAUUUAGUAAGACCAAAACAUGGCACACAUGAUGUUUAUUCAACGUGGACCAUCAUAAUUGUAUUUGAAUCUUCUAAAUGUAUUCAUCUUAGAUGUUUGUAUUAGCCAAAUUAUUUUAGCUUGAACCUACUAUAAGGUACUUAUUUAACUCAUUGGCUGCCAUUGACAACGCUAGACGUCCAAUCCAUUUGGACUGGGACAGGCUGACAGAGAAUGAUCGCUGACAGCCAUCACGUACAAAUGCAAAAUAAAAAUAUGAAACUUGGUUAUGGUAUUGUUUAAAUAAUUGAUAAGUUAGACCGUUUAUACAGUGCUGGCCAAAAGCAAUUCUGUCAGACAACGCUCAAUUUCUCCCAGAAAAUGAUUGCAAUUACAUAUGCUAUGGUAAUAAUAUCUUCAUUUAAAUUUAUUUUGCUUGCAAUGAAAAAACACAAAAGAGAAUUUAAAAAAUAAUAAGUCAUUACUAUUUUACAGAAAACGCCAAAAAUGAGCCGGACAAAAGUAUUGGCACCCUCAGCCUAAUACAUGGUAGCACAACCUUUAAACAAAAUAAAUGCAAACAACCACUUCUGGUAUCCGUCAAUGAGUUUCUUAGCAUGCUCUGCUGGAAUUUUAGACCAUUCUUCUUUGGCCAACUGCUUCAGGUCUCUGAGAUUUGAAGGGUGCCUUCUCCAAACUGCCAUUUUCAGAUCUCUCCACAGGUUUUCUUUAGGAUUCAGGUUUGGACUCAUUGCUGGUCACUUUAGAAGUCUCCCGUCCUUUCUCUCAAACCAUUUUCUAGUGCUUUUUGAAGUGUGUUUUGGGUCAUUGUCCUGCUGGAAGACCUCUGAGGGAGACCCAGCUUUCUCACACUGCUGCAAAAUUUGUUGGUAGUCUUCAGAGUUCAUAAUGCCAUGCACACAGUCAAGCAGUCCAGUGCCAGAGGUAGCAAAGCAACCCCAAAACAUCAGGGAACCGCCACCAUGUUUGACUGCAGGAACCUUGUUCUUUUCUUUGAAGGGCUCUUUUUUUUUUUUCCUGUAAACUCUAUGUUGAUGCCUUUUCCCAAAAAGCUGUACUUUUGUCUCAUCUGACUAGAGAAAGUUCUUCCAAAACGUUUUUGGCUUUCUCAGGUAGGUUUUGGCAAACUCCAGCCUGUUUUUUUUUAUGCCUCUGGGUAAGAAUUGGAGUCAUCCUGGGUAUCCCACCAUAGUCCCUUUUCAUUCAGAUGCUGACGGAUAGUACGGGUUGACACUGUUGUACAUUCGGACUGCAGGACAGAUUGAACUUGUUUGGAUGUUAGUCGAGGUACUUUAUUCACCAUACGUACAAUCUUUUGUUGAAAUCUCUUAUCAAUUUUUCUUUUCCGUCCACGUCUAGGUAGGUUAGCCACACUGCCAUGGGCUUUACACUUAUUGAUGACACUGCGCACGGUAGACACAGGAACAUUCAGGUCUUUGGAGAUGGACUUGUAGCCUUGAGAUUGUUCAUUCUUCCUCACAAUUUUGCUUCUCAAGUCCUCGGACAGUUCUUUGGUCUUCUUUCUUUUCUCCAUGCUUAAUUUAGUCCACACAAGAACACAGGACAGAGGUUGAGUCAACUUAAAUCCAUUUUAACUGGCUGCAAGCAAAAAUAAAUAAAGAUAUCAAUACCAAAGCAUUUGUAAUUGAAAUCAUUUUCUGGGAAAAAUUGAGCAUUAUCUGACAGCAUUGUAGGGGUGCCAAUACUCUUGGCCAGCACUGUAGGACACUCAUUUAACUCACUGGCUAGACUUGAAUUGGACGUCUAGCGCCGUCAAUGGCAAUUGGAGAAGAGCAUUCACAGCCACUCCUCCCAGUUUAACUGAAAUGGAUGUCUACAAUUGUCAGAGGCAGGCAAUGAGUUAAAUACAAUGAAAUUAAAAAUACAUGAAUAACCAGAGUGUAUGUCUGGUUUCAUUUUAAUUUGAUUACAUUUGCAUUAUCAUUUUAUGAAUGUCUAUUUUUUCUUUUUUUUUUUUUUUUUAAUAUUAUAUACAGUAUAUCCAUGUAUAUGUACUGGACUGUACUGUACAGGAUAUAUAAAUGAGACCUGGCAUUCACAUACAGUGGGGAGAACAAGUAUUUGAUACACUGCCAAUGGGUUUUCCCAUUGGCAGUGUAUCAAAUACUUGUUUUCCCCACUGUAUGUGGACAUCACAUUUUGGGUCACAUAAAAUAUAAAUAUUGUAGGUUAUGUUAUAUAAAAUUUGACGUCUAAGUGGAUGCCAGGUCUUUAUGAGGUUAUGUAUAAUUUAAUUAUGACAAACAUGGGUCUCUUGCCCUGUAAAGAGUUAAAGAAUUAACUCAUUCACUGCCAUUAGCAGCGAUAGAUAGCCAAUAAGUGUAUUUAUGAUAUAACAUCAAAGAUGUUAGAGCAGUUAGGAAGGUUGUUGAUAUGUUUCCUUGAUUUCAGUGUUGUAAAUGGUAAUACAGUAUGCCAUGGAUAUUUGUGUGUUCAAUCUUGCAAAAUAUUUUUUUUUAUAAAGUUAUGUAUGAAAAGGUUUUUAAUAUAACUAUUUGGCGGUGAAUCAAACACAAAGAUAAGCUAAAUACUUUAUACAUAUGAGAGCAAAAUGUGUGUUGCUGAUCUGUUGUGGUAUUUACUGUACAGUAUAGAGUG